AAAAUUAAAAAGUCCUGGCAUCAUUUAAUUUGCUUUCACGUUUUUUCGGUUUUGUCUGACAGCGAAGAAAAAACAGAACACAUUGAGGGAUCGAAUAUUCGAACAUUUUCCGAUUUCCCUAACGAUAUUUACAAACGUUUUCAAAUAAUUGCUUUUCAACAAAUAUCAUACAUUUAACUGAGAGCCAUACAUAUCGCAAGCGGCAAUGAUGAAUUGGGAACGUUUUUUUGGUGCCUCCGACUGGAAUGUGGAUUUUAUACGGGCCCUGUUUGCAGAAUUCCUAGGUACCUUCUUCUUCGUCUUAAUCGGCAUCUUGUGCACCUUGUUCAAACCGAGCGAUACGGAGUGGCCUUAUGCCUCGCCUGUGCAAGUGGCAUUCGCUUUGGGUUGUACCGCAUUUUCAGUGUCGCACUCGCUUGGGCCUAUUAGCGGUGCACACAUUAGCCCAACUGUGAGUCUUGGUAUGUUCUUAGUGUGCGGCAUGAGUUUGCUCUGUUUUAUUGGAUAUGUAAUUGCUCAAACGCUCGGUGGAUUGGCGGCAACUGCAGUUAUUUUAUCGGUGAUUGAUAAGGAGAUGUAUCAGGACAAUCGUCCUUUAAGGGCAUCGAUGAGUAGCUCGCUGUUGGAACUCUGCAUCGUCGAAUGUUUAGCAGCAUUCAUUUGGAUAAUCGUCGCAAUCGUAGCUAUGGAACGGCGAAAUGAAGAUGCAUUUGGCAAUGGCUCAUUUACUAUUGGUUUCACUGUAUUGUGCUCCUACUUAAUCGCUCUUCUACUAACCGGUGGCGGCGUUAAUCCUGUGCGGUCCUUGAGUGCAUCCAUUAUUGUCAAUGAGUGGGAUUAUCACUACUGUUACUGGAUAGGUUCGAUUACCGGCGCAUGCCUAGCCGCCUUGAUAUAUUACUGCUGUUCGGGAGUUCUCCGCAACAGACGCGUUUAUCGAAUAACUGGCUUCCCUACAUAAAAGCGUUGGCGAAACGCUUUUUACCGCUCAGCGUUAACGUCGAUGCGAUUGUAUAGAGAUUAUUGUAUAGAGAAAUUAACUUCUUAACACGCUGUCAAAAUAUAAUUUUUCAACUGCUUAGCGUCGCCGUCGCGUUAUUUCGGUAUGCGCCAUACAAAUUGCCGUUUUUAUUAAGGGAAGGCAAUAACCUAAACCGAUUCGGUCAAAACAGUGUGAUUGAAAAAUAAACCAUAUU